CGCCUCCCAACUACUCCCACGCCCACGCCGCCCACGCUCCGCCGCUGCCAUCCACUCCCACCGCGACGCCAUGCCUCCCACUCCCACCGCCACCGCCACCGGCGGCGCCGUGUCGGCCGCCGACAACGCGGGGUUCCGCCUCGUCGGGCACCGCCGCUUCGUCCGCGCCAACCCGCGGAGCGACCGCUUCCACGCGCUCGCGUUCCACCACGUCGAGCUCUGGUGCGCCGACGCCGCCUCCGCCGCGGGCCGCUUCUCCUUCGCGCUGGGCGCGCCGCUCGCCGCGAGGUCCGACCUCUCCACGGGGAACUCUGCGCACGCGUCGCUGCUGCUCCGCUCCGGCUCCGUCGCGUUCCUCUUCACCGCGCCCUACGCCCACCGCGCCGGCGGCGAAGGCGGGGCCACGGCCUCGGCCUCCCUGCCUUCCUUCUCCGCCGACGCCGCCAGGGGGUUCGCCGCCGACCACGGCCUCGCGGUGCGCGCCGUCGCGCUCCGCGUCGCUGACGCGGCCGAGGCGUUCCGGGCCAGCGUCGCCGCCGGCGCGCGCCCGGCGUUCGAGCCCGCCGACCUCGGCGCUGGCUUCGGCCUCGCGGAGGUCGAGCUGUACGGCGACGUCGUGCUCCGCUUCGUCAGCUACCCGGACGGCGCCGCGUCUUUCUUGCCGGGAUUCGAGGACGUCAGCAACCCAGGCACCCAGGACUACGGCCUCCGCCGGUUCGACCACGUCGUCGGCAACGUGCCGGAGCUGGCCCCGGUCGCCGCGUACAUCGCGAACUUCACCGGCUUCCACGAUUUCGCCGAGUUCACCGCCGAGGACGUCGGCACCGCCGAGAGUGGCCUAAACUCGGUGGUGCUCGCCAACAACGCGGAGACGGUGCUGCUGCCGCUCAACGAGCCGGUGCACGGCACCAAGCGGCGGAGCCAGAUACAGACGUACCUGGACCACCACGGCGGCCCCGGCGUGCAGCACAUCGCGCUCGCCAGCGACGACGUGCUCAGGACGCUGAGGGAGAUGCGGGCGCGCUCCGCCAUGGGCGGCUUCGAGUUCUUGGCUCCGCCGCCGCCCAACUACUACGACGGCGUGCGGCGGCGCGCCGGCGACGUGCUCUCCGAGGAGCAGAUCAAGGAAUGCCAGGAGCUGGGUGUGCUCGUGGACAGGGAUGACCAGGGAGUGUUGCUCCAAAUCUUCACCAAGCCGAUAGGAGACAGGCCAACCCUUUUCCUGGAGAUGAUACAAAGGAUUGGGUGCAUGGAGAAGGAUGAGAGUGGGCAGGAACACCAGAAGGGCGGCUGCGGCGGGUUUGGCAAGGGCAACUUCUCAGAGCUGUUCAAGUCCAUUGAGGAGUAUGAGAAGUCCCUUGAAGCCAAGCAAGCUAGUUCAGUUCAGGGAUCCUAGGUAGGAGCUGGAGCACUGGAGCAACAGUUGUACCAGCAACUAGUUUAUUUGUAUUAUGGAGCAAAAGAAAACAAUGUGUUUUGUGAUAUGUGUCAUGCAAGUUGAUGUUGUAAUUGUUGAAGCUAAAGACAAAUGAUGGUGCAAUCACUCUUAAUAGAUUAAUAGAGAUGGCUCACACACAGGAAUGUAACCUACUGUUGGCAUUAUUACUGUACAAUCUUGCUUGGAAAUAAAAUAAGAAUGAACCUGGAGAA